AUGAAACGUCUUGGCCUGGCUGCUCUUUACAUCGGAAGUGCGCUGGCAUGGCCGGAACCUCACGGACCGCCCUCAAGGAAUGUCCCCAGAGAUGAUUUCCCUAUGUUCAAUCCUCUUCCUAGCACUGAUCUCAACACUCGUCUGAUUCGAUGUGAAUAUCCGUCCAUGAAAGGCUGGACUUAUUCCAAUAAGAAAAAUGGCGACUGGUUAAAAUAUGUUGGAUCGAAGCCAGGGGAGAUCACAGAAUAUAAUAUUGACACAGACAAUGAUAAAUAUGUUCCCCAAGGGAUUACACGGAAGUACCACUUAGAAGUAACAGAUGAGUCCGUGAACAUGGACGGAACAAUGUUUGACCAAGCUAAAGUGUUCAAUAAGCAAUAUCCUGGACCGUGGAUUCAAAUUACCGUCACCAACAAGUUGAAACAUAACGGAACUGCUAUUCACUGGCAUGGAAUCCGGAUGAUGGAAAACAUGUUCAACGAUGGUGUACCAGGCGUCACUCAAUGUCCUAUUCCUCCAGGUUCCUCAAUGACUUACAGAUUCAAGGCUAGCCAGUAUGGAUCCAGCUGGUAUCACAGUCAUUAUUCCCUACAAUAUGCAGAUGGCCUCUUUGGGCCAAUGACAAUCCAUGGGCCAACGUCAGCGGGUUAUGAUAAAGCUGUUGACCCGCUAUUGAUGACGGACCACCUCCACAGUAGUGCAUUUGAGGAAUAUCACAAGGAAUUGGAAGGAAAGCCACCUGCGAUGGACAGUAUAAUUCUGAACGGAAAGGGCGACUACGACCAAACUGGUGACUUGAAGAAGAAAUACCGUACUGUCCUUAAACCUGGCAAAAAGUAUCUUCUCAGACUGAUCAAUACUUCGGUUGCCACGACAUUCGUCUUUUCUAUUGACGGCCACAAAUUCCAAGUUGUUGGGUCAGACUUUGUUCCAAUAGAGCCUUAUGUAACUGACCACAUCGCCGUUGGGAUUGGCCAGCGCUAUCACGUUAUCCUUGAAGGGCUAUCUGAAGAGGAGGCAAAGAAAAACGGAAGAUAUUGGGUUAGAACCACGCCCGCCAAGGGAUGUUCAAAAUUUGCUCCUGGCAGAGGCACCGAUGACCGAACUGGCGUUAUUUAUUACAACAAAGACGAUGGAGUAUCUCCAACCACCGAAAUAGGAGCUUUCUCCUUAGACUGCCGUGACGAACCACUAGAAAAGUUAGUACCCAAAGUGAAAUGGACCGUCCCGGACCCGGGUCUCAAUAUGGUCGGUGCCUUCGAGAAACCCGCCGAUGUACAACUUGGCAAAUGGCAUCGGCCUGGAUAUCCUGAUACAGAUAACCUUGUCUCUAACUGGGAGUUUGGGCCAUCCCCAAUGUGGAUUAAUUACUCCGAGCCUAUUAUCAAGAACCUCGAUAAGGACAGCUUCCCUUCAACAUGGGUAGUAUAUCCAGCAGACGAUUAUGUUAACGAUAAAUGGGUUUAUCUCGUCAUCACAGGGAAGAAAUUAAAACCACUUAGCUCUCAAGUGGCUGUUGCCCAUCCCAUCCACUUGCAUGGUCAUGACUUCGUACUUCUACAGCAAUCUAUGGAACCUUGGGACUCUACGGAGGUCAACCUCAAACUUGACAAUCCUCCACGCCGAGAAGUUACUUUAUUACCUGCUGGAGGGUUCAUUGUCAUCGCUUUUAAGCCAGACAACCCGGGCUCAUGGCUGCUACAUUGCCAUAUUGCAUGGCAUGCGUCUGCAGGACUGGCGCUUCAGGUUCUCGAACGCAAAGAGGAUUUGAAAGCCUUGACAUUGAAUAAUCCCGAUUUUGACUUUAUGCAAGAAAACUGCCGAAAAUGGGAUGCAUGGCACUCAGAUAAAACCAACUAUUGGAACCCAAGUGGUCACUUUCAGGACGAUUCUGGAGUUUGA